GUUGGGUGUCCGUAGCCUGGGCUCCUCUAGUACUGUCUGUGAGGCUGUCAGGGUGGAUUUGGCUCUUUGCCUCACCUACCUUCCAGGGAGCUUUGCUGGCUUCAUUACUAGAACUGCCAUUCCUCUGUCUGUGCUCACGGCAGGGAGGCUGUGGCAAGCCGGUGGCUUUGGGAUGCUAGGCCAGGCUUUGGCUGACUCUUACCUCCCCCUGGCCCAUUCCACACCGCAGUGCCUGGCCUGAGAACAUUUUACCUGCAUCGUUUAUGGGCGCCGGGCUCGGCUUUGUUAGCCACAUUGCCUGAAAAGUGUCACUGGCUGGGGUCACGAGUGGAGAGGCACGUCCUGAACCAGUGAAAGCCUGAAGAGUUAAUGCCCAGCCGUGGAAACCGACCUCACGCUGUGCUCGUGAACAAGCACAGGAGCCCUGCUAAUCUCCCAGGGUCCUUGCUCCUGUUCUGUUUGGGGGCGAUGCCGCUAAUCGGCAGCCUGACGAGUUCCCCCUGCUCACCCCAAACACUGCCCUGGCUUUAUAUUUGGGUGGUUCUGGGCCUGGUGUAGGGGGUAACAGCAUUUCCCGAGUGUGUGGAAGUGCCCUGGGCCUGGUGGUUGUGGUGAUCAGAGUAGCAAUCCACACUUUCCAGGUGCUGCCCAAACAGCUGAACAGCCGCCGUCCCUGCUGUCAAGGUAUUUUUCCCCCAGUUUGAACUUUAGCGUCCAAAAGUGGGGACCUGCAUGGAUACUUCUAAGCUUAAUUCCUAGCUUAGAUCUGAUAGCAUGCCACUAGCCAAAAUAUAGUGUCUGGCACACUUUCUGUACCCCCAAAACCUUCCCUGGGAAACCCAAGACCCAAACCCCUUGGGUCUUAAAACCAGGAGAAAUAAACCAUUCCCCCUCCUUUCCCCCUCCCAGACUUUCCCCUCCCUGGGUUACCCUGAGAGGCUACACUGAUCCAAACUCCUUGGAUCUUAAAACAGAGAGGAAUUAACCUUACCCCUGCCCUCCUUUCCCCCCACCAAUCCCUGGUGAGUUCAGACCCAAUCCCCUUGGGUCUUAGGCAAGGGAAAAAAAAUCAAUCGGAUUCUUAAAAAAGAAAGCUUUUAAUUAAAGAAAGAAAAAAGUAAAAAUUAUCUCUGUAAAAUCAGGAUGGAAAAUGUUUACAGGGUAUUCAGAUUCAUAUAGCCUGGAGGGACUCCCUCUCCCCUAGCCUGAGGUUCAAAGUUACAGCAAACAGAGGUAAAAAUCCUUCCAGCAAAAUACACAUUCACAAGUUAAGAAAACAAACAUAAGACUAAUCUGCCUUUUCUAGCUAGUACUUACUAUUUUGAACAUGAGAGACUGUUUCAGAAAGAUUAGAGAAAGACCUGGUUGCACGUCUGGUCCCUCUUAGCCCCAAGAGCGAACAAUGAACAAAACAAACAGCACAAACAAAGACUUCCCUCCACCAAGAUUUGAAAGUAUCUUGUCCCCCCAUUGGUCCUCUGGUCAGGUGUCAGCCAGGUUCACUGAGCUUCUUAACCCUUUACAGGUAAAUGAGACAUUAACCCUUAACCAUCUGUUUAUGACACCAGCCCUGCAGAAUUUGCUGUUUUAGUGUGGCAAUGGAGAGGGGAGAGGGAGGAGGGGUCCCAGGAACUCAGCCAGGUUAGCGUCACAAAGAGAAGGUUAAGGGGUGACUCGAUGGGAGCCUGUAAGUACCUACAUGGGGAACAAACAGCUGAUAAUGGGCUCUUCAGUCUAGCAGACAAAUGUCUAACAUGAGCCAAUGGCUGGAAGUUGAAGCUAGACAAACUCAGACUGGAAAUAAGGUGUUUUUACAGAGUCAUUAACAGUUGGAACAACUGCCCAAGUGCUCCCCAUCACUGGCAAUUUCUAAAUCCAGAUCUGCUCUGGUUCAAACAGGCAUUAAUUCAGGGGCAUCUAGUGGGCUGUUACGCAGGUCAGGCUGGACGAUUGAGGCCGGAUGGAACCAUGGUGUGAAAUGUCUGGUUUGGUUUUUAUGGAUGAGCUGACCCUGGCUGAGUUGCCGUGCUGUGGCUUGGCCCUGUCUUACCGCCACUGGCCUGGUUAUUGUGCAGUGCUAACCUUAGGCUUUGGCUGAACAAAUGGUUAGUUUUGGCAAGCCAGGGUGUAAAUCUGCCAUGCGCUAGGUGCCCAGGUGGACCCUGCUCCAUACCCUGAGUUCUGCAGCGUGCCUGGGAGCUGCCCUGCUUGGAAACAGUAGGUGAAAGUGCCCUAGGGAGCUGUUAGUCCGCGGCAGCAGGGUCCUCACGGACAGUGCGUAGCUGGCUAGGGCAGGGUAGCUUUACACCCCAGCUUGCCACAAGCUAAGUGUGCACUUAGACAGGCUCUUACGCCUCUGGCCCUUGGCCAUUAUUAGUAUUUGGAUCCCUAGCAUCAAUCGAUUCUAGUUAGACUCCUGCCUAUCCCAGGCUUGUUGAAAUCCUAACCUGUUUUGACCCCUGCCGGUUGCAUUGACUCCCUCUCCCCAACACACACACAGUCCCCUGCCCAUCACUGCUUCUUACCCAGGUUGAUGACAAUGAGCCCAGUUCUUUCUGCCCGUUUCCUUGCUGCCCCUUGUGGCCCAGUGCAAAGUGGCGUCUGUCCGUGCACCCUCUCUGGUCUCUUGCAGGCGAUGAACUGCAAAGGGCAGGCCAUGGCAAGGGCUGUUGGAUCCUACGUCAAUUUUACGGGUCUGUCAAAGCUGCCUCCCUGCAGGGAAGAGCCCUGCUGCCAGGCAGAUUCGCAAAGGUUUCUCCUCUCUCCAGAGUCUGGGGACGUGAAGGCCACUAUUGCUGUGCUCAGCUUCAUCCUCUCCAGUGCAGCCAAACACAGUGUAGACAGCGACUCUCUGUCCAGCGAGCUGCAACAGCUGGGGCUGCCCAAAGAACAUGCCACAGGAUUGUGCCGGUCCUAUGGGGAGAAACAGAGCCCCCUGCAGGACAGCCUGAGGACACGCAGCCUGAGAUUGAACCAUCUGGACUCUGUGUCCUGGAGGGUGGAUCAGACGCUCAGCUCCAGUGAGCUCCAGCAGGUCAAUGAGCCCCUUGUGCACCUGAAGUUCACCGUGCGAGACGGGGACCGAGGCAUGACGGAGCCCUUUGCCAUGACCGUGUCGGCAGAGAAGUUCCGGGUCUUACUGGCAGAGCUGAGACAGGCCCACGCCAUGAUGAAAACUCUCAGCUGAGGAGCCGGGAGGACGGCAGCGAGUGUGGAAGGAGCCGGCUGAUUGUGCUGCUGCCCAUCGGAGAGUCUGGAGGAUGCGGUUCCUCCACUGGGGGAGCCUUUUGCUGCACACAGCUGCAGACACUGCCUGGGCAGAGGUUGGGCUGGGCUCUGUCCUCCCUUCUCAGACCCCUGCAGCUGAAACUAACGACUGCUCUUCCCACUCUUCCUGGCUACUGUCCCCCCCGUCCACCCUCCAGCUCUCUUGCUGUGAAGCCUCCUGCCUGCCCCUUCUCCAUCCUGCCCACAAGCCCUUGUGCUUCCAGGAGCCCCACUCCAGGAUCCAUCCCCAGAGCAAUGGUGGAUGGGAGCUUGGUGGCUUCUGCAUCUGUUAAUGAGAUCUCCACCUUGAGACCAGCUUCAGCUCGGAGUUCCCAUAACAAAGGCGUCCAAACCCAUGGGCCGUGCCACUGUGUAACACACACGCCUCCGGAGAACACCCAGACCUGCCGGCUGGAGGCUGCUCUAACAGUGAGAGACCCUAACGUCCCCUGCCCAGCCCUUUGUGGGUGGCUCUGUUCCUGAACAGCUGCAGGGAGCUGAUCUUUCCUUUUGCUUCUGCCUGAAUUGUCUCCUGUGCCUACUCCAGGGCAGGCGCUUGGGCUCCCAUGUCUCCUCUGGAGACUAGCAUGCAGCAGCCCACCAAAUGCUGCGGCUAGGCCAGCUCCACAUCACCCACUGACUGAACUCCUGCAGCAAUCCAGGAUGCCUGUGGCUGGGGCGACUCUGCCAGUCGUACAUAAGAGGUUGGAAAGUUUCAUCAGCCGAAGCGCGAUGGAGUGUUCGCUAGUCCCUUCUUGCUCCCCUGCCUCCCUCCCUUAAAAAGCACUUUGCCUCUGUUCUUUCCACUUCCUUUAAAGGAGCCCCCAGCCUGGGGGAUAAAUGCAGCUUUUCUGUCUUUCCUUCCCCCCAUGCUCCUGCCACCUUUCCCAGGGCAGCUCCGUGCAUGGAAUAAAGGAUCAGCAGGAACGUGCAUCUGGGAAUCUCUCCAUGCGUUUCUGGUUGGCCUUGGCACAUGAAGCCAGUUAUUUGGGAUGUUUCCUAUUUUGCCAGCGGGAUCCAAUAAAGCCACGUGGAGCAUUUUGAA